AUGGCCUUCCCCUACAUCGACACACCGCGCACCGAAUACGACGGUAACGCGACUUAUCUCACGACUGGGUUUCGCAGCGCGGGGCGACAUCAUUUGUCUGCACUUGAUUCUCUUGAAAACUCGUUUCAAACACCAUCCAAGGACAACGAUGUGAUCAAAGGAUUUGAAAAACGCGUAACUCCACGACCUGGAGCCGCUUCAAAGUCAACGAGAAGCGCGUUGCGACAUCUCCCGGCGGCAGCUCCCGAAAAGGGCGAGUUUACUCCGUUAAUGAAAAGCGCAACGAAGAACAAUCUUUUGAGGAAUAUGUCUGCGGCUCGAGAAAGAGAUGGCCCGAAAACACCCGGAUACCAGCGAGAGACCUAUCGUAGCAACGCCCACACACCCGGCUUGCCUGCGAUGGAUAUGUCUGAUAUAUACGAGGAAGACCGGACAAUGGACGAGGCAACGCCUGUUCCACAAGCUGCGAGCAGUAGUGGGCAAAGUACACCAUUGCCCGGACUUUCAGGACGCGAUGGAGGUAUCGUGGGCGAUGGGCGGAAUAACUUGUCGCUUAAGGAACAAGCAGUGGCUCUUGAUCAGUUAAGUAAAACCAAUUUCGCCUUGAAAUUGAGGAUUCAUUUCAUGGAGGAACAAUUGCAAAAGGCCGGCCCGGAAUACAACAAUGAUGCCCUCAAAGAGAACAGAGAGCUCAAGGUAUUGCGCGUGACGAUGCAACGUGAUAUCUCCCGAUACCGGAAGAGCCUCCAACAGGCGGAGAAGGAUGCCGAAGACUACCAGCUCCAGUUGGUGGAAUUAAAGGAGAAAGCAUGGAGAGAGCAAGCAGAUCAAACGGUUCAGCGCGAAAUGGAUAUUAUGCGCGAAGAGCUUGAAUCGCGUGACCAACAACUCCGAGAAGCGCGCGACGAGCUGAGACAAAUGAAAGAUACGCAAUCGCAAGAGACCGACAAGCUUCGAGACGACAUCGAGGAUCUGGAAGCAAGCUCGAGAGAGAAAGACCGCCUGCUCGAGGAACGUGAAGAAGAGCUCGAGGAUCUGAGACGCAACGCCGAGGACAAUGGAGCAGCUGCAGAACUCCAAAUUGAGCUAGAUCGCGCCAAGGAACAGAUGCAAGAUCUUCAGGAUAGCCUUGCUCAGGCCACGUCUGAGGCCAGAGAACUAGAUGAAGCCGCAAGGCAAGCCAUUGAAGAGAAGAACCGCGUUGAGGAUGAUUUGAGGGAGUUGCAGGAUGAGAUAUCGAACAAAUCCUUUACCAGCAAAGGACUGAGUCGCCAAAUGGAGGAACGGACCCAAAAGCUCGAGAAUGAUAUACGUGACCUGCAACAAGAGAACAAUACUCUAAGGAUCGAACUUGAGAGUAAAACAGACCAUGCAACUCGGCUAGAAGAGCGUUAUGCAACCGUUCAACAUGGCCUGGAAAGUAACGCACACCACCUGGUUGAAGAGCUUGACACUGCCAAACGCGCUCGCGAUGAAGCCCAACAUGAACUUAGAAUGACUUCUACUCGAUUACAGGAGGCUUUGGAUGAACUCCAGCGGGGAACGGAUGAAAAGGAACUUCUCCAAACUCGCCAUCGUGCGCUAACCGAUGAGUCGGGUGGACUUCAAACCGAACUCGACCGAGCACAAUCAAGAAUCCGCGAACUUCAAAAGGCGGUCCAAGAUGCUACAUCUCGGGCCCAGGAUGAAGGACACAACCUUCGCUGGCAGCACAAGGCGGAGCUUGAGCGGCUGCAAGAGGAGAUUGAAAACUUGCAACACGAGAUUGAGGAGAAAGAGGGACGAUUUGCAGUCGAUCAAAGUCGAUGGGAGAGUAGCAAGCGGACACUGCAAUCAGAGAAGGCAUGGGCAGAAGGGCAAGCGGCAGACUUGAAGCGCACUAUCGACACACUCCAGGAAGCUGGCGUGACUUACUCAGGAAAGGAGUCUAGGCUCCAGGAGGCCAUCGACAGCGAGAAAAAGCGCAAUUUACAAGAAAAGUCCAUGCUUAAUCGUCAAAUCCAAGACCUCAAAGAUGAUCUUGACAAGACCAGACGCGACCUUGACGAAAAACGAGAUGAGCUCCUCGCAGCUAAGCAAGAUGUUCGAGUAUCUCGACGUGAAGAGCAAACGCUUGCCGACAAGGUGCGAGCUCUAGAAGAUGAGGUGAUUGUUUUACAAUCAAGUCUGGCAGACGAGCAAGAGCUCGCCAAGGGCCGACAAAAUGGAACAUCUGACAUAGACAAGAAUCUGGAAAAAUCCAUUGCCGAGAGACAAAAACUCCGUGAUCAGCUUGCAAAUGCUCAUGUCGAGAUCUUUGACUUACAAUCCUCGGUUCAGGAGAUUGAACUUGAACGCGCCGAGCUUCAGGCUCAACUCGAGCAAGUCAAGAAUGCAGAUGACACCACCCGGAUUGACCGCGACAAACUCGAACUACGCAAGACUGCAACACGACUGGACAACGAACUCAGAGUGUUAAAAGAGGCUAAGUCGACUCUUGAGGAGCAGCUUAUCUCUGAAAGCGAACGAUUCGCAACAGAGGAAGGUCGUCUUUCGGCUGAGAUAGAUCGCCUUCAGGAUAAAUUGCUUGCGGGCUCGGGUAACCGAGAUCGAGAGCUCACCUCAGCCAAGACAAAGGUUCAGCGCCUGGAGCGUCGCAUUCAAGAACUGGAAGCUCUUCUUGAGCAGCAACCCGUCGUGGAGAAUGAGCCCUCUGGUGCACAUGGAGACCUCUCCUUGCUCCGACACAGCCUAGAGGAGGCCAGAAAACGCGAAAAGAUUCUUCUCCAGCGUGAAUCCAAGCAGAAGUCUUCCGCUCAAAGUUACAAGUCACGAGUUGACGAACUGGAGAAGGAUCUCCAUGAAGCGACGAUGAAAAAGUUCGAGUCAAACUCCCCGCAAAACUCACCAUCAAACAAGCUUCAUGAAGAGCUGCGCAGCCUACGCAAACAAGUGGCCGAAGCACACCGAUCUCUUCAGAAGGUGAACACAAAGAACCGAGAGCUGGAACGUGCCGCAAUGAAAGUAGAAGACCAAAAGGAUUUCCAUGAGCUCCUCAGAUCAUCCACUCUUGAGGCUGAGUCAUUGGCUCUGAAGCUUUCUGAACGAGAAGGCCGUCUGAAUGAAUUAAAGACACAUGUGCGCCGGAUUCGCGACGAGCGAGACGCCCACAGGCGCGAGGCCGAUGCGGCAACCAAAAACCUCGAUUUAUUACAAAGACGCCACGACGAAAUUCUCGAGAAAAACUCCCUCUCUAAAUCAAGCAACAAGACCAAACACGAAAAAGAGAUCCGAGGUCUGGGCAAGGAGAUCAUAUGGCUUCGUGCCCGUCUGCAGCGCGAGGAGAAAUUCCGCCGUGAUCUUGCCUGGAGCAAGGGCUUGAUGGAACUCGGCGAACGAGUCCGAGUUGCAUGUAACGAUGCCGAUCUGCGCAUGAUUUCCGAUAUGGGAGUGAAGGCUCGUGACCGAGCUCCUGUCCGCACCCCCCGACACAAACUGAGAUCCGCCAUAUCUCUAGUCAGGGCAGCUGUUCGCAUGCAAAAGAUGAGCAGCGAUUGGAAGCGGACCAAGAAAUUGGGCGAGGGCUUGAAACGUGCCAAGACCGAAAUGCUCAAGCGCCGCGAGAGCUCAAAUAAGAGCCUGCUUGGCUAG